UUCAAAGGAAUAAAUAGUUCCGGCGCGGGUGUUGAGAGCGGUGCGGCAGGGGUUGUAUCCGCUAUGGUGAUGUUCUCUUCGUAGUAGCCGCGGCUAGAGAGUUGGCCUGCUCCCUGCCUUUGUGACCCGGAGGAGCUUUUGGGGUGCGUCAAGCCCUGGCCUGAGGCAGCGGUUUACAUUCCACUUAGGUGGUGGUAUUUCUGUUUCGUACAGAACUGGUUUGUGGCCUGUUUGAUUCCUGUCAGAGGUUUGCUGACCCAAGACAGUAUCGAAAAUGCAUAUUAAGUCAAUUAUUCUGGAGGGAUUCAAGUCCUAUGCUCAGAGAACCGAAGUCAAUGGUUUUGACCCCCUCUUCAAUGCUAUCACUGGCUUAAAUGGUAGUGGAAAAUCAAACAUAUUGGACUCCAUCUGCUUUUUGCUGGGUAUCUCCAACCUGUCUCAGGUUCGAGCUUCUAAUUUACAAGAUUUAGUUUACAAAAAUGGGCAGGCUGGUAUUACCAAAGCCUCUGUGUCAAUCACAUUUGAUAAUUCUGACAAAAAGCAAAGUCCUUUAGGAUUUGAGGUUCAUGAUGAAAUCACAGUAACAAGGCAGGUGGUUAUUGGUGGUAGAAAUAAAUAUUUAAUCAAUGGAGUCAAUGCUAACAACACAAGAGUACAGGAUCUCUUCUGUUCUGUUGGCCUUAAUGUUAACAACCCUCACUUUCUCAUCAUGCAGGGACGAAUUACAAAAGUAUUAAAUAUGAAACCUCCAGAGAUUUUAUCCAUGAUAGAAGAAGCAGCUGGAACCAGGAUGUAUGAAUACAAAAAAAUAGCUGCACAGAAAACUAUAGAAAAAAAAGAGGCUAAGCUGAAAGAAAUUAAGACGAUACUUGAAGAAGAGAUUACUCCAACCAUUCAAAAAUUAAAAGAGGAAAGAUCUUCCUACUUGGAGUACCAAAAAGUGAUGAGAGAAAUAGAACAUUUGAGUCGUUUAUAUAUCGCUUAUCAGUUUUUGCUGGCUGAAGAUACCAAAGCACGCUCAGCUGAGGAGUUAAAAGAAAUGCAAGAUAAAGUUAUAAAGCUGCAGGAGGAAUUGUCUGAGAAUGAUAAAAAAAUAAAAGCACUUAAUCAUGAAAUAGAAGACUUGGAAAAAAGAAAAGAUAAGGAAAUUGGAGGUAUACUUCGAUCUUUAGAAGAUGCUCUUGCAGAGGCUCAGCGAGUUAAUACUAAAUCUCAAAGUGCAUUUGAUCUCAAGAAGAAAAAUCUGGCAUGUGAAGAAAGCAAACGCAAAGAGCUGGAAAAAAAUAUGGUUGAAGACUCUAAAACUUUAGCAGCAAAGGAAAAAGAGGUUAAAAAGAUAACAGAUGGACUGCAUGCCCUUCAAGAAGCAAGUAAUAAAGAUGCUGAAGCUCUGGCGGCUGCACAGCAGCACUUCAAUGCAGUUUCCGCUGGCCUGUCCAGUAAUGAAGAUGGAGCAGAAGCAACUCUUGCUGGUCAAAUGAUGGCCUGUAAAAAUGAUAUAAGUAAAGCUCAGACAGAAGCCAAACAGGCUCAGAUGAAGUUGAAGCAUGCUCAACAGGAAUUAAAGAAUAAACAAGCUGAAGUUAAGAAGAUGGAUAGUGGCUACAGGAAGGAUCAAGAAGCUUUAGAAGCUGUAAAAAGACUUAAAGAAAACCUUGAAGCUGAAAUGAAAAAGCUAAAUUAUGAAGAAAAUAAAGAGGAAAGCCUUUUGGAAAAGCGCAGGCAGCUGUCUCGUGAUAUUGGUAGAUUGAAAGAAACAUAUGAAGCUCUAUUAGCCAGAUUUCCCAAUCUUCGAUUUGCAUACAAGGAUCCAGAGAAGAACUGGAAUAGGAAUUGUGUGAAAGGACUUGUGGCUUCUCUAAUUAGUGUGAAAGAUACUUCUGCAACCACAGCUUUAGAAUUAGUGGCUGGAGAACGACUCUACAAUGUUGUAGUAGACACAGAAGUUACUGGUAAAAAGCUACUCGAAAGGGGGGAACUGAAACGUCGAUACACCAUAAUUCCACUCAAUAAAAUUUCAGCCAGAUGUAUUGCACCAGAAACUCUGAGAGUAGCUCAGAAUCUUGUUGGCCCUGACAGCGUUCAUGUGGCUCUUUCCCUGGUUGAAUAUAAGCCAGAACUUCAGAAAGCAAUGGAGUUUGUCUUUGGAACAACAUUUGUUUGUGACAAUAUGGAUAAUGCCAAAAAAGUGGCCUUUGAUAAGAGGAUAAUGACUAGAACUGUAACUCUCGGAGGGGAUGUGUUUGAUCCUCAUGGGACAUUGAGUGGAGGUGCUCGAUCCCAGGCGGCUUCUAUUUUAACCAAGUUUCAAGAACUCAAAGAUGUUCAGGAUGAACUGAGAAUCAAAGAGAAUGAGCUGCGGGCUCUAGAGGAGGAAUUAGCAGGUCUUAAAAACACUGCUGAAAAGUAUCGCCAACUAAAACAGCAGUGGGAGAUGAAAACUGAAGAGGCAGAUUUAUUACAAACCAAGCUCCAGCAAAGCUCAUAUCACAAGCAACAGGAAGAAUUAGAUGCCCUUAAAAAAACCAUUGAGGAAAGUGAGGAGACUUUGAAAACCACUGAAGAAAUCCAAAGAAAAGCAGAAGAAAAAUAUGAAGUAUUGGAAAAUAAAAUGAAAAAUGCAGAAGCUGAGAGAGAGCGAGAACUGAAGGAUGCUCAGAAAAAACUGGAUUGUGCCAAAACAAAGGCAGAUGCAUCUAGCAAGAAGAUGAAAGAAAAACAACAGGAAGUUGAAGCUAUCACUCUGGAACUGGAAGAGCUCAAGAGAGAGCAUACAUCUUACAAACAACAGCUUGAAGCUGUAAAUGAAGCUAUCAAAUCCUAUGAAAGUCAGAUUGAAGUAAUGGCAGCUGAGGUGGCUAAAAAUAAGGAGUCAGUAAAUAAAGCUCAAGAAGAGGUGACCAAGCAAAAAGAGGUAAUAACAGCCCAAGACACUGUAAUUAAAGCUAAAUAUGCAGAAGUGGCAAAACACAAGGAGCAAAACAAUGAUUCUCAGCUUAAAAUUAAGGAAUUAGACCACAACAUCAGCAAACAUAAACGGGAGGCUGAAGAUGGUGCUGCAAAGGUAUCCAAAAUGUUGAAAGAUUAUGACUGGAUUAAUGCAGAGAGACACCUCUUUGGCCAACCCAAUAGUGCCUAUGAUUUCAAAACUAACAACCCUAAAGAAGCUGGUCAGAGACUUCAGAAGUUGCAAGAAAUGAAGGAGAAACUAGGAAGAAAUGUCAAUAUGAGAGCUAUGAAUGUAUUGACAGAAGCUGAAGAGCGGUAUAAUGACUUGAUGAAGAAGAAGAGAAUUGUAGAAAAUGACAAAUCCAAAAUUCUUACAACUAUAGAAGACCUAGACCAGAAGAAAAACCAAGCCCUAAAUAUUGCAUGGCAAAAGGUGAACACGGACUUUGGCUCUAUUUUUUCUACUCUUUUGCCUGGUGCUAAUGCUAUGCUUGCACCACCAGAGGGUCAAACUGUUUUGGAUGGUCUGGAGUUCAAGGUUGCCUUAGGAAAUACCUGGAAAGAAAACCUAACUGAACUCAGUGGUGGUCAGAGGUCUUUAGUGGCCUUGUCAUUAAUACUGUCAAUGCUCCUCUUCAAACCUGCUCCAAUUUAUAUCCUUGAUGAGGUAGAUGCAGCCUUGGAUCUUUCUCAUACCCAAAACAUUGGACAGAUGCUGCGUACUCAUUUCACACAUUCUCAGUUCAUCGUAGUGUCACUAAAAGAAGGUAUGUUCAACAAUGCAAACGUUCUUUUCAAAACCAAGUUUGUGGAUGGUGUUUCUACAGUAGCCAGAUUUACUCAAUGUCAAAAUGGAAAGAUUUCAAAGGAAGCAAAAUCCAAGGCAAAACCACCCAAAGGAGCACAUGUGGAAGUUUAAACUACAAGUUUAUUUCUUCAUCUUGACCUGUUUUUUUAAACAUAAACUUUUAAGGACUUGGGAUAAGUAAUUUGUUGAUAUAAAAAAAUUAAUGUUACUAUGUUACUUAACCCAUGUUUUCUCUUUAUAUAAUCACUUAUCACUUACAAAUGAGCAUAUAUUCCUAAUCUCUUAACCAGUCUAAUUAUGGUCCAAUUAUUGUGAUUGUGAUUUUAUGCAUAUCAUCAAAUGUUUUUUUCUUAUGCAGGUCUUUUAUAUAUUAGGAAUCCUGAGAUACCCAAUUCCAUAUGUAAAAGCUAAUAUACAAAAAAGCAGAUUAAAUUACAUGAUAAAUGUAGCUGAUCAUCAGUGUUUAAUUGAUUUAAUUCCUAAGGCAAUAUUAAUGUGUUUUCUGUUCUAAUAAAGUCAUUCAGGUAAGGAAGAAUUAUAAAUCAGGUAACUGGACCAACAAUGGGAACACAUAUAAAGCUAUUAUGCAUGCACAGAGCUGUUUGAGGCUAGUUUUUUAACGACACAACUCCAGACCCCUGAUUUAGACUGAGAUAGAAAACAGAUCUUGAAAGAUUUCUUAUGUUAAUGAUACAUGAAUAUCAUGUUCCUAUAUGCUUAAUAAUUGGUCUCUACGACUUUAAUGUUUUUGUUUUUUUAAGCUUUAUAAGUAUUUUUAAAUAAAAGCUUAGGAGGAGGUGUGUUGUGUGGUACUAUCUGCUGCAAGUUUAUCUGAAGUCUGUUAAUAUUUUCCAAGAUUUUUGUCAGCCUUUUCAUAAUCCAGUCAUCAACAGCCUAUUGGUAAACAAGAAUGUAGGAGCCUGUAGACUAAACCAAAUUUAUUUUUCCCUGAGUCUGAUACAUAUAUAUAUGUAUUUGAUAUAUGUAUUUGAGAUAUAUAUAAAAUAUAUAUAUUUAUAUCUGAUAUAUAUAUAAAUAAAUUGAUCCAUCUGUUCCACCAAAAUAACUCAAAAGUUGGAUAAUUGUUUGUGUCUUCCGCUUUCCAGUUCAAAGGGAUGAAAUUCCUUUAGAACUUGAAAGAUGACACUAGCAAACACCAUGAGAAUGCUAUCUACAGUUUUUAGUGUCUUUAGGUACAUCAUCAGUAGAACAGUGACUCCAAACUGAAUCAUAAAAGCUCUGACGUGAUGUAAUCUGAUCUUCCAUGUGUUAUUUCCUUAGUAUUAUUAUCAUACUUUCCCUGAUAUAUGGCUGUACUUCCUGGCCCUGGGCUUGACAUUUCUCACCCUUCAUUCUACAUGCAUAUGAGAUGUCAGAAAACAUGCAGUAAUUGAUACUGUGGGACACAUUGGAAAGGAUUGAAUCUGGAAUUAGUUCUGUCCACUGUGGAGGGGAGAGGAAAUAAUGCUGUAAAUGUUGAGUUACAAAAAGUCUAAUAUCAAAUACAGUUUUUUGUUUUCCUUUCAGAUGUAUCACAAACUGUGCCAAAACAGUUAUCAAUUCACACAGUCAACAUUAAAGUAUACCAUAGUAUGCAAAUUAGUCAGUACUUGCUGUUAAUAUUUCUGAUUUAAUAGUUAUUAAGUGGUAGUUCAUUACUGUUUUAGCCAGUGUUUAAAAAAUAAUUUGGGAGGUUGACUAUCUUGGCUUAUGUACUCAUUUCCUUUUCUCUGCUAAAAAUUUUCUGCUUGUAUGCUUUCCUGAUUUUUAUCUUGUAUAAUCUUGAUCUUUGACAAUCCUCAAACAUGUAUUAAAUUUUUGUAAUUUUUUUUCAUCAGAGGGAAGUUAUUAAGGGGAUUGGGGACAUUUGUUUCACACAUCUGCAGUAAUAUGAGUUAACUAAUAUUUACCAAGCUCUUUUACAUUUUUCACAUUGUAUAUAUUGUCAUAUUUAAUCCUCAAAGUAACCUAGUGAGGUAAAUACUGUUGUCAGCAUGGUAUAAUUGAGGAAUUGAGUUGAGCAGAAAAGUUAGGAAACUUGCUCAGGGUGAUAAUACAAUUAGGAGUGUCAGGGCCCAUGUAACAAAUCUUGUCAGUCUCCAGAACCUAAGAUAUACUAUGUCACUGACAGCUUGAAUAUUUGUAUUUAUUGUAUAGAAUAAAUUUUAGAAAA